CCCUCUCAUCUCAGGCUAGCGGGCGGGGCAGCCACCGUCUGGACCCAGAAGGGCAGAAGGACCCAAGUUAGCUUAGCGCGCGGCUGGACUGUCCGGGCCAGAUCAUGGCGAGCCCUGCGGCGGCAGCGUUGGGAGGCCUGGAGCAGCUGCGGAUAUGCGGGGCGGGGGCAGGCCGAGCUCUGGCCGUGCUCACGAGUGGCGGGGACGCCCAAGGCAUGAAUGCGGCGGUCCGGGCCGUGACACGCAUGGGCAUCUAUGUGGGGGCCAAAGUCUUCCUCAUCUAUGAGGGCUACGAGGGCCUGGUGGAAGGAGGCGAGAACAUUCAGCAGGCCACGUGGCUGAGCGUCUCCAACAUCAUCCAGAUGGGAGGGACCAUCAUUGGCAGUGCCCGCUGCAAGGCAUUUACCACCAGGGAGGGCCGCCUGGCUGCUGCCUACAACCUCGUCCAGCAUGGCAUCACCAACCUGUGUGUCAUUGGUGGGGAUGGGAGUCUGACAGGUGCCAACAUCUUCCGAUCAGAGUGGGGAGGCCUCCUGCAGCAGCUGGUGAAGGAAGGUAAGAUCACCGAAGAUGUGGCCCAGACUUACUCCCACCUCAACAUUGUUGGGCUGGUGGGCUCCAUCGACAAUGAUUUCUGCGGGACAGACAUGACCAUUGGCACUGACUCGGCCCUGCAUCGCAUCAUGGAGGUGAUCGAUGCCAUCACCACCACAGCCCAGAGUCACCAGAGGACGUUUGUGCUGGAGGUGAUGGGCCGACACUGUGGGUACUUGGCUUUGGUGUCAGCUUUGGCGUCAGGUGCUGACUGGCUCUUUAUCCCCGAAUCCCCUCCUGAGGAUGGCUGGGAGAACUUCAUGUGUGAGAGACUUGGGGAGACUCGGAGCAGGGGAUCCAGGCUGAACAUUAUCAUCAUUGCAGAAGGUGCCAUUGACCGACAUGGGAAACCCAUCACGUCCACUUAUGUGAAGGAUCUAGUGGUUCAGCGCCUGGGGUUUGACACGCGAGUGACUGUUCUGGGCCAUGUGCAACGGGGUGGCACACCUUCUGCAUUUGACCGGGUCUUGAGCAGCAAGAUGGGCAUGGAGGCCGUGAUGGCCUUGUUGGAGGCCACGCCGGAUACCCCUGCCUGUGUGGUGAGCCUCUCUGGAAACCAGUCUGUGCGGCUGCCACUGAUGGAGUGCGUACAGGUGACAAAGGACGUGCAGAAAGCCAUGGACGAGCAAAGGUUUGAUGAAGCCAUCCAGCUGCGGGGCAGGAGUUUUGAAAACAACUGGAACAUCUAUAAGCUUCUGGCCCAUCAGAAGGUGUCCCAGGAGAAGAGUAACUUCUCCGUUGCCAUUCUGAAUGUGGGGGCUCCAGCCGCGGGCAUGAAUGCUGCUGUGAGGUCUGCGGUACGCACCGGCAUAUCCCAGGGGCACAAAGUUUAUGUCAUUCACGAUGGCUUUGAAGGCUUGGCCAAGGGGCAGCUGCGGGAGGUGGGCUGGCAUGAUGUCGCUGGCUGGUUGGGACGAGGAGGAUCCAUGCUCGGGACUAAGAGAACUCUGCCCAAAACUUGCCUGGAGAAAAUUGUGGAGAAUGUGCGGACUUACAACAUCCAGGCCCUGCUGGUGAUUGGUGGCUUUGAGGCCUACGAGGGCGUGCUGCAGCUGGUGGAGGCCCGAGGUCAGUACGAGGAGCUCUGCUUUGUCAUGUGUGUCAUACCUGCCACUAUCAGCAACAACGUCCCUGGCACCGACUUCAGCCUGGGCUCAGACACGGCCGUCAAUGCCGCCAUGGAGAGCUGCGACCGCAUCAAACAAUCGGCCUCUGGCACCAAGCGGCGGGUGUUCAUUGUGGAGACGAUGGGAGGCUACUGCGGGUACCUGGCCACGGUGACGGGCAUUGCAGUGGGGGCUGACGCUGCCUACGUAUUUGAAGACCCCUUCACCAUUCACGACCUGAAGGCCAAUGUCGAACAUCUGACGGACAAGAUGAAGACAGACAUCCAGCGGGGUCUGGUGCUCCGGAACGAGAAGUCCCAUGAGCACUACACCACAGAGUUUCUAUAUAACUUGUACUCCUCAGAGGGCAAGGGCAUCUUUGACUGCAGGACCAACGUCUUGGGGCAUCUGCAGCAGGGAGGAGCCCCCACGCCCUUUGACCGAAACUAUGGCACCAAGCUUGGGGUGAAGGCCAUGCUCUGGAUGUCAGACAAGUUGCGAGAGGCCUAUCGUAAGGGGCGGGUUUUUGCCAACUCUGCAGACUCAGCCUGUGUGAUUGGGCUAAGGAAGAAGGUGGUGGCCUUCAGCCCAGUCACUGAGCUGAAGAAAGUCACCGAUUUUGAGCACCGAAUGCCUCAAGAUCAAUGGUGGUUGGACUUGAGGCUGAUGCUGAAGAUGCUGGCUAACUACCAGAUCAGCCUCACCGAAUACGUCUCUGGGAAGAUGGAGCACGUCACCCGGCGCACCCUGAGCAUCGAGAAGGGCUUCUGAGUGCCAGUGGCAGUGCUAGCCCCUUCCCCGUGGCUCCCUCUUUGGUCUCCCCUCCCCAAAGCCUCUUGUGCCCACCUUCCUCACCAGCUCCACUGUGGGCUCACUGCCUAGAGGCGGCCUAGUGUGUAGACAGGACCCUUCACUGCAUUAAGGGAAAGGGGUCUCACCAUUCACUGUGCCCUGUCCUUGGCAUCUUAGUAUGUGAAGAACGCACGGCAGCCCCAAACUAGGCCUAGACUCGGCCUGUCAGAGCUAGAAGGGACCUUCUAGCCAAGGGCCUCAUUCUAUAGUUGGGGACACUGAGGCUUGGAGUGGGGGGGCGGGUCUUUCAUUGAAGCUGGAAGGGACCUUAGAGACCCCAAAGACCAAGCACCUUGUUUUAGAGAUAGGACAACUGAGGCACGCAGUGGUAACCCCCAUAGUAUGGAGGAGGAAGUGAUGUUCCCUUGGCCAUUUGACUAAGGAAAGGCUGGCCUUUAUCCACACUGUUUCUCCCUGGGCCUGCUGCCCACGCCAGCAUGAGGGAGGACCACCUUUCCCUCUCCCAGGCAUGGGGCUCUGCCACCCAGGAGCCGGCCACCCAGGGCCAGGACCUCAAACUGUGCAAACAUUCCUACUGUGAUCAUGCCGUAUCUGUAUCAUGUCUGUUAGAUUAAAAACUUACUGAUUGAGCGCA